UCCAACCAUUUUAAUUAAACAGAUAUGGAGUUUUUCUACUUCAUUUGCACCUGCACUAUUUCAGUACUCUCUCUUUUCCUAACCUUCUUCUGUUAUCUCAUGCUCAAGAUCUUCACAGGCAAAUCCAUAGGAAACCCAACCUAUGCACCAGUGAAAGGCACAGUCUUUCAUCUGCUCUUCUACUACAACAAACUCUAUGACUACCAAACCCGAGUGGCCAGAGGAACCCCAACUCACCGGAUUCUGGCCCCGGACUUCAGUUUAUUAUACACAACUGACCCAAGAAAUAUUGAACAUGUUCUCAAGACCAACUUUGCAUAUUAUUCAAAAGGGGUGUACAAUCAGGAAAUCAUGUGUGAUAUUUUUGGCCAAGGGAUUUUUAUUGUUGAUGGAGAAAAGUGGAGACACCAGAGGAAGCUUGCGAGCUAUGAGUUCUCAACGAGGGUUCUUAGAGAUUUCAGCUGUUCUGUUUUCAGAAGAAGUGCUGCAAAAUUGGUUAAAGUCAUUUUUGAGUUUUCGGAUUCAAAUGGGGUUUUUGAUAUGCAGGACUUGCUUAUGAGGUGUACCUUGGAUUCCAUAUUCAAAGUUGGAUUUGGAGUAGAGCUAAAUUGCUUGGAAGGGUCAAGAAAAGAAGGGAUAGAAUUCAUGAAGGCCUUCGAUGAGUCAACUGCUUUAACUUAUUGGCGAUUUGUUGAUCCUCUCUGGAAAUUGAAAAAAUUUCUCAACGUAGGUUCUGAGGCUACCCUUAGAAAGCAUGUCAAAGUCAUACGAGAUUUUGUGCACCAACUUAUCAAGAGCAAGAGAGAUGUGCGAGCUGGCCAGAAACAUAAUGAUGACAAGGAGGACAUUCUUUCACGGUUUCUAUUGGAGAGUGAAAAGAAUCCAGAGGAAAUGAACGAUAAAUAUCUAAGUGAUAUCAUUCUGAAUUUUAUGAUUGCUGGGAAAGAUUCAAGUGCUAAUACACUCUCAUGGCUCUUGUACAUUCUCAGCAAGAACCCUCUAAUACAGGAAAAAGUUUCACAAGAAGUUAGGUAUGUUGUUGGUCUGAAUCAUGGAGCUAAUGUCGACGAAUUUGUGGCCAGUAUAACUGAUUCAACUCUUGAACAAAUGCAUUAUCUUCAUGCAACACUAACGGAGACCUUGAGGCUAUACCCUGCUGUUCCUGUGGAUGGGAGGUGUGCAGAGAUAGAUGACAUUCUUCCUGAUGGCUUCAGAGUGAAAAAAGGAGAUGGAGUAAACUACAUGACCUAUGCCAUGGGCAGGAUGACUUAUAUCUGGGGAAAAGAUGCAGAGGAUUUCCGACCAGAAAGAUGGCUCAAGGAUGGAAUUUUCCAGUCUGAAUCAUCUUUCAAAUUUGUCGCUUUUCAUGCCGGUCCACGGAUCUGUCUAGGGAAGGAUUUUGCUUACCGGCAGAUGAAGAUCGUAGCAAUGGCUCUUCUUUAUUUCUUCCGCUUCAAAUUGGCCGAUGAAGCAAAAGAAGUAAACUACCGGACCAUGUUCACCCUUCACAUUGAUGGCAGUCUUCCCAUGCUUGCAGUUCGAAGGACAAUGGACUCAUAUAAAGGUAAAUCGAUCACAUUUGUAUAGUUGAUCCCACCUGAUGUCUACAUAUGGUAUUACGUACAGGUACCAUGUAAACUAGUUCAUCUGUACUCUCUUUCUUUUGAGAGUAUGUACGUUGGUAAUACUGUAAUUAUAAGUGUUACUUGAGUGUCAAGCUUUA